UUUGGGCACACCAAGGUCUUCUUCAAGGCUGGGCUGCUGGGGCUGCUGGAGGAGAUGCGGGAUGAGCGCCUGGCCAGGAUCAUGACCCGUUUGCAGGCCCAAGUCCGUGGUUUCCUCUCCCGGCAGGAGUUCAAGAAGAUCCUGGAGCGCCGGGACUCGCUGCUGGUGAUCCAGUGGAACAUCAGGGCCUUCAUGGGGGUAAAGAACUGGCCCUGGAUGAAGAUCUACUUCAAGAUCAAGCCCUUGCUGAAGAGCGCUGAGACGGAGAAGGAGAUGCAGACAAUGAAGGAGGAGUUUGGGCGGCUGAAGGAGGCCCUGGAGAAGUCGGAGGCCCGACGGAAGGAGCUGGAGGAGAAGAUGGUCUCAAUGCUGCAGGAAAAGAAUGACCUUCAGCUCCAAGUGCAGGCCGAGCAGGACAACCUCGCUGAUGCCGAGGAGCGCUGCGACCAGCUGAUCAAGAACAAGAUCCAGCUGGAGGCCAAGUUGAAGGAGCUGACGGAGCGGCUGGAGGACGAGGAGGAGAUGAACGCUGAGCUGACGGCCAAGAAGAGGAAGCUGGAGGAUGAGUGUUCAGAGCUUAAGAAGGACAUCGAUGACUUGGAGUUGUCUUUGGCCAAGGUGGAGAAGGAGAAACAUGCCACUGAGAACAAGGUCAAGAACCUCACAGAGGAGAUGGCCGGGCUGGACGAGAUCAUUGUCAAGCUGACGAAAGAGAAGAAGGCCCUGCAAGAAGCUCACCAGCAAGCGCUGGAUGACCUGCAGGCGGAGGAGGACAAGGUCAACACCUUGACGAAGGCCAAAGUCAAGCUGGAACAGCAAGUGGAUGACCUGGAAAGUUCACUGGAGCAGGAGAAGAAGAUCCGGAUGGACCUGGAACGGGCCAAGAGGAAGCGAGGUGACUUGAAGCUGACCCAGGAGAACAUAAUGGACCUGGAGAAUGACAAGCAGCAAUUGGAUGAGAGGCUGAAAAAGAAAGACUUUGAGCUCAACGCACUCAAUGCCAGAAUCGAGGAUGAGCAAGCAGUGGCAGCCCAGCUGCAGAAGAAGCUCAAAGAGCUCCAG